AGUUACCACAGCAACCCAGUUGGCGUCACCACUCUACUUUCAAAUUCAUGACUUCGCGUUUCUUCUCGAGGUUUCAGGCUGAAAACUCGCACAUCCUCGACGGAGACAUGACGACAUGUCCGUGAGGAAGAGCUCCCUCUACGUCUCUGUCCGUUUGUCGGGGUUGCGUAUGUCCGAGUUGCCGCGGAGCUGGACCUGAGGGGUCGGAGUCAUCACCGUGUCCGUACGUUUGUUCCCCAGCGUCGGCCAACAUGGCUGAGGAGGACAGCGAGUGGAUUAUAGAGAGCAUCGUCGGCUACCUGGGAAGUCCCGAAUGGGUUAUCCCAGUCACGGACUUUAUGGAGCACAAAUGUACAGUUUUUGAUGACGAGGAUGAGAACAAGCUCUCAUACACAGAAAUCCAUCAGCAGUAUAAGAAACUUGUGGAGAAACUGCUGGAGAAUUAUAUGCAGGAGGUUGGCAUCAACGAGCAGCAGUUCCUGGAUGCAUGCACCUCUCCCUUUGCCAAGUCUCAAUCUUUGCAGGACAUGUUCCAGCCAGUUCUGGCUACAGAUGACUUCCAGGUGUUUCGCUCGCUGAUGGUUCAGAAGAACAUGGAGCUGCAGCUCCAAGCCCUCAGAGUCAUUAAAGAAAAAAACGGGGCCCUACCAGAGUGUCUGACCGAUGGGGUUGACGUGAUGACCGAAUUGGAGCAGCAAGAGAUGAAAAUCCUGGAGGAAGUCCUCAAGAAGUCAAAAGAGGAGUACGAUGAAGAGAUGUCCAGGAGGCUGCUAUCAGAGAAGAAGACUGGCUCCACUUCCAGCAGGUCCUCAGAUAAACCAAACACAGAAGAUGAUGAGGCUCGAGAGGCCACGUUGACGUCCAAACAGAGCAACUCUUCCAAACGCACGCCAGACUCUGGCAGUAGCAGCAUCCAGUCCAGAGUGCUGCCAGCCCUGCGAAGUCCUACAAAAUCCAGCAAGUCUUCCAACGCCAGCAGCCAUCAAACCGUGGAGCAGAGCGACAGCAGGGAGGCUGCGGCCGAGGCCUACCUGGAGGAGGCACACCGGGAAGCGGGUUUCUCCAAGCCAUACACCGAGCUGUUACCAUCAGAGCAGGAGCAGCUCCAGCAAAGGGCAGCAUAUCUGCGUCAGCAGCGAGACAAGCUGCACGCCCUGAAGAAAGAACAGCAGAAAAUCAGACAGACAGCCGCCCUGGAGGAGCCACCAGCCAGCCCUACACCAGCACCAACCGCCAACUCGGAGGCAGAGGGAGAGCCCCAGAUGAACGGGGCCAGCUCCCCUCCUCCAUUACAACACUCGACUAACUCCACCAAACAGAAGGUGAUCCAUCAGCUCCCUGAUGAGAUAUCUGCUGAGGAAAAGAAGAAGCUCCAGAAGAGAAAACAUCUGGCUGACAAGCUGAAGGAGGAAGUCAUCAAGAAAUAAUAACCGUGGAUGCGUACGCAAUAAGUUUUCCAGUCUCAUCUCUGUUCUUGAACACACAGCACGCUAAUUAACUUUAUACAAGACCUGAUUUGUUUUUUCAAAGGAAAGUAGAAAAUUGACUAUUCUUUUUGCUGAAGUGAUGCAUCUGACUUUUUCACCAACUAAACUUUAUUAUUAUUAUUAAGCUAACUAAACAGCCAAUCUCCUGCAGCAGUAUGCUGCUGAAUGGCAUACUUAGCUUUUGUCCAAAAUCACUCCCUAGUACAAAGUGUCAUUUUGUCAGUAUGUUUGGAUCCAGUUUCCAGAAACCUAUGAUGAUUUCUCCCAAAUUCACAACGUGCAUUGGGAUAUUAGUUCACGAUAUGUAAAUGUCUCCAGAGCUGCAACAAUUGACUCAUAAUCAGUUGUUUUCCCACGAAAAUGCUGCUGAAAUCACAGUUGAAUAUUCCUCAGAUUUGAGGUAAAAAAUAUAUUUAUUUAUAUAUUACUGCGACUGAUAAAAUACGUAAGAUAAUGGCUUAAAGAUAUUACUCAAAUUAUUUUCUAAAGUUAAGAGUUGUAGCUCAAAAAUGUCAUUUUUUAGCUGAGUGGGCACCAUCAUGGGGGUGCAAAUGUGCAAAAAAGGAGAUGAUGGCGCCACAAGUAAGGUACAGAUGGCCAAAUGAAGUCACUGAGGUAAAACUAUAUAUACAUAAAUAUUUCAGUACUUCAAAAAUUGAACCUCCUAUAGCGCAAUUACAGUGAUACAUGUAAAUUUUUUCUCAUUUUGACGAUCACGGCUUAUGAAAACCCACUCAUUUCAUUAUGUUCAUUUUUUUAAAUGUACUUUCUGUGGUUCACCUGAAUUAGCUCAAAAAUCCUGUUUUGUAGCAGUGAUAGGGAGUUGAGGCGCAAACUUGAAAAUGGAGAACAAAGUUUGUGUUAGUUACGUAAAAUGGAAACAACCAUGCGAUGGUUUAUCAACGCUGAUGGUGCUAGCUUGCGCAUGUUCAGCUUUUCACACCGUUUCCAUUAGCAAAGGGAAGCCUCCUCCAUUCACACGGUUGAUCCUUAUAUUAGUCAAGAGUUCAUGAGAUUAACACUAAUCACAUAUUCCUAAAGGGGCCAAGAAGGUGAUGUGGUUGCUUCACACGAGUGCAGUAUUUAUUCUCAAAGCAAUCAGCAGUUUUCACUUUAAGCAUGUAUGAUGCACCAGUUUGUGUUUGUAUGUAUACGUUAUACAUGCUUGUUUUAAUAAAUCACAUUUUGUAGAAACAACUUGAACUCCAAGCUAUAGAAAUAACAGCAAAGGUCAAAGGUGGCUCGGUCA